UGUUCCUCCUCUUCUUCUGUACUGGCUCUGCUGACAACACCAGCCCUCCAUCACCUCCCGUCGGGGGCUUUCUCUCUCUCGCUCUCGCUCUCUUGGAUGCGUCCGGACCGCUUUUACGCACCACAAUCGACUCGAUAUUAGCUGGAUUAUCUCCAAGCGUCUGCGCUCAGGCUGCUUCAAGUAAACGGCUCGCAGAAGAUGGAGUGGGCACCUCUGGGAGCAUCUUAAAGACAGACAGACGGGACAACCUACUUCGUACAGUGGCAGAUUCUUCGGUGGCGGUGCCGGUGUCGUGCGCGGCCUUGUUUCCCAUGGACCUCAGGGUGGGAGAGCGGGGCAUGCGCCCUGGUUCGGACACGGCGCUCCUCACCCCGCUGCACCCGCCGUUACUCCUCACGCCGUUCUCUCCGCAACCGCGCACCUCCUUCUCCCCGCAGCAGCUGCACCAGCACAUCCGGUUCAACAUGGAACAGAGGAGGCGAGAGCAGGAGCACCAUGAGAAGCAACAGGAGCUGCAGCAGCUAAAACACAAAGACAAGAGUCAACAGAGUGCGGUGGCGAGCUCCGCCGUGAAGCAGAAACUCCAGGAGGUGAUUCUUAAGAAGCAGAAACAGGCGGCGCUGGAAAGAACAAACUCCCUGACUGCACCUCCUGUACCGUACAGAAAGCUGGGCCCGGACCCCAGCGUAUCCUCCCAGCCUCUGGUCUCGUCUCUGUCGCAGCCUCCCUCUGAGGUUUCAGAAGGGACACCGCUGCGGAGAGCAGCAUCUGAGCCCAACCUGAAGGUGAAACACAAGCUGAAGAAACACCUCAACACCCGCAAGAGUCCUCUGACCCGCAAGGAGAGCGCCCCGCCCACCGUCAAACACCGAGUACCGGACACGCUGGACUCGUCCCCCAGCAGCAGCAGCACUCCGGUCUCCGGCUGCAGCUCGCCCAACGACAGCCUGCCCAACGAGAACGGACUACUGCCAUCUGCAGGCGGCCUCUCGCACGAGGCUCAGAAGCUGCUGCUCCGAGACGGCACUCUGGCUAACUUCACCAUCCAGAGUUCCUCCACUCUGCCCACCAUCACGCUGGGACUACCAGCCAACUCAAGGGCUGACGGAGAGCUGUCCUCUCUGAAGGUCGGCCGGGUGCCUGUGGUGGCUGCCGGGGCCUCGCCGGUCUUCCUCCCCCUCGGCAGGGACGACCAGGCCGGACAGAUGAACCCUCACCUGCCUGUCAUCAUCCUGGAGCCCUCCGGUCUGGUCCACACGCCGCUACUCACUGUUCCGGGCCUCGACUCGGUUCCGCUGCAGUUCGCCCCCCAGUUGGACCACCUGUCUCCGGGGGGAACUCAGCCCCACAAGCCACUGAGCAGAACGCGCUCGGAGCCCCUUCCCCAGAGCCCCCGUGUCCUUCACACGCACCUCCUCCAGCAGCAGCACAACACACAGCUACUGGAGAGGCUCAAACAGCAGACUCACCUGGGAAAGCUGAUGUCUAAGUCCAGUGAGAAGCCCAGGCUGCACCAGAUCCCCUCCGAGGACAUGGACUCGGAGGACGGCGGCGGGAGUUCGCCCACGGAGCCGACCUAUCACAGCAGGGCGAGGGCAGAGUCGCUGAGGGAGGCGGAGCCGACCGGGUCCAAGAACCACGAGGAGCAACUGAAUCUGCAACACGCGCUCAUCCUCAACCAGUCGUUGCUAUGGGAGCAGCAGAAGCAGCUCCAACAGCUCCACCGACAAAUGGAGACCCUGGCAGUCCCCAUACUGCGUGGCGGCGGCGGCGGCGGCGGCGGGAUCGGCGGUGGUUUGGGCGUCCAUCGGCCCCUGUCGCGCACACAGUCGUCCCCGGCCUCCACCUCCCUCACCCUGCCCGAGAAACCUCUGAGCCUGGCUGCACAGGACAGCGGCAGCAAACCUCGCUUCACCACCGGCCUGGUGUACGACUCUCAAAUGCUGAAACACCAGUGUACGUGCGGAGAUAACAGCAGCCACCCGGAGCAUGCUGGGAGGAUACAGAGCAUCUGGUCCCGACUACAGGAGAGAGGCCUGAGGGGACAGUGUGAGAGUAUUCGCGGUCGUAAAGCCACCCUGGAGGAGCUGCAGUCGGUCCAUACAGAGCGCCAUGUGCUGCUAUACGGCACCAACCCGCUCAACAGACUCAAACUGGACAACCGCAAACUGGCUGGAAUCCUCUCUCAAAGGAUGUUUGUGAUGUUACCAUGUGGCGGCGUAGGGGUUGAUAAUGACACCAUCUGGAACGAGUCACACACCUCCACGGCGUCCCGCAUGGCGGCAGGCAGCGUUGUUGAGCUGUCGUUCAGAGUGGCCAAAGGAGAGCUAAAGAACGGCUUUGCUGUGGUCAGACCGCCGGGGCAUCAUGCGGAUCCCUCCAAUCCCAUGGGUUUCUGUUACUUCAAUUCCGUGGCUAUUGCUGCCAAGCAGCUCCAACACAAACUCAGCGUCAGCAAGAUCCUCGUUGUUGACUGGGAUGUGCACCAUGGUAACGGCACCCAGGAGGUAUUUUACAGCGACCCCAGCGUUCUCUACAUCUCGCUUCAUCGCUACGACGACGGAAACUUCUUCCCCGGCAGCGGGUCGCCGGCCGAGGUGGGUUCUGGAGCCGGUGAGGGCUUCAACGUGAACGUGGCGUUCACAGGAGGACUGGACCCGCCCAUGGGAGACGCUGAGUACCUCGCUGCAUUCAGGUCCGUGGUGAUGCCGAUCGCCCAGGAGUUCUCCCCGGACGUCGUUCUGGUGUCGGCCGGCUUCGACGCCGCCGAGGGAAACCCCGCUCCUCUGGGAGGGUACAAGGUCUCCGCCAAAUGUUUCGGCUUCCUGACCCGCCAGCUGAUGUCGCUAGCAGGAGGUCGUGUGGUUUUGUCCCUCGAGGGAGGUCAUGACCUCACAGCUAUCUGUGAUGCGUCUGAAGCUUGUGUCAGCGCCCUCUUGGGCAUACAGGACCCGCUGCCAGAAGAUGUCCUCCUCCAGAAGCCCAAUGCGAACGCUGUCCGCUCCCUGCAGACUGUAAUACAGAUACAAGGUCAAUACUGGCAGAAUGUGAAGGCCCACAGUGGAUCGGUGGCUCUGUCCUACCUGGCUGCUCAGACCAGAGACUGUGAGGAGACGGAUGCUGUCAACGCGUUGGCCUCGCUGUCUGUGGGAGUCCUCCCCAACAAGAGCCUCCCCGAUGAGCCGAUGGAGCACGACAGCGACUCCAUGUAGGAGGAUCCGACCGACCGACCACCUCGCAGAACUCCCCGUCAGGAGCGGACCUCCUGCGCUGUCACAUGAAGUGUUUGUAACGCCGCUGAGCCCCGCCCAUCCGCCUCCUUCACACGCGCGUGCGACCCGACACGCCGACACACAAUGCUGAACCUCUACAGACGAGCACCUCGACGCUGGUAACCACUGGGCUGAAGCCGGCAGCACUACCUGCAGCUGAGAAAACCUCCUGAAACCUCACCAAAGAGCAAUACAAGUUGAUUUUAAUAGACUCUUUCAUGUCUCCUGACUGACAUCGGACCGUGUGUGUGUGUGUGUGUGUGUGUGUGUGUUUGUGCGGGUGUGUGUGUGCGUUCAGAGGUCCGGCGCCGCAUCUCUGUGACCACAAACCUUUUCAACGGUCAGAAUUCAGACCUCUGAUUCGUCCCGAAGCACUAUGUACCAGCAGCUGUUUCGUUGCCUUAACUUUGCCUUAACGUAACAUCAGGUUUCACAAGGGGGGGAAGACUUUGGAUUUUAAAUUCUUCUUCUCUUCUGCCACGUUGCUAUCAGAGAUGAAGCCGACCAAACAGGAUGCAAAAUGAUGCAAAAAAAAAAAGGUGAAAACAUUUCCACAUGCGCUCCGUGGAUACGAUGCAAAAAAAAAAAAAAAAACGUCACCAGGAAGAAGUGGCCACAUCAUGAAGAAAAAAGAAUAAAGAGACGCAGAGAUUGUCUGUUUUAAUGAUGUCAUUACAUGCCGUUUAACCACUAAAAGAAGACAACAAAGAACUCGGAGGGAGGGGGAGAAAAUGAAGACACAACAUGGACAACUGUGGUUUUGUAUAAACAAAGAAAGGGCGAUUUGUCCUUUGUUGUUUUUAUUGCACUGUUCAUUCCAUAAUGUGAACCAUAAGAAAUUCCAAAGCUCUGGGAAAAGAAAACAAUUCCUCUCUGUAGAUUAUUUAAUAGUUCUUUUUUUUUUGGAAGAUUUGGAUGAAAUGUUCGUUAUACUUUCCCACUCUUCAUGUCUUAUGAAGUCUCUGAGGACAGACAUAUGGGCCGAAAUACUGUCGAGUUGUAUUUCCUAUGAAGUUGAUCCGAAAAGUAGGCAGGACUUUAGGAGCAGGAUUAAUUUUUUUUUCUCUGCUGUUCAGUGUCUUAAAAUUCACACAAACCUACACACAGAGCGAUGACGAACUGUCGAUGUACCACUAGUAUUGAAUACUGUAUAUUGUUGUUUAUGUUGGAGACUAAGCGAGUGUUCAUUCCACCGUGGCACCACUGAGGACCAUUGUAUUGUUCUGUAGUAGCAAUACUGUUAAUGCACUUAAUGGACAUCACCCAAAGAAAGCUGCCUUAAAACAGCCUGCACUUGGCAAAUGGACUGUAUGGAAGCAACACGAGGGACAGGCACGAACGCCGCUCUCACAGUGACUCUGACUUUCGAAAGGCAACCUGUGGAUUUAUGCAUAUGCAGUAAACUUGUUGUGAACUGUUUGUUUAACGAGCACAGGUUUUGUUCACUGGCUCUGCAGUCUAAUUAAGGAAAUUAAUGCAUUGUGUUUUGUUUGUUGUCGGAGAAGAACUUGACUGUUUUUCUCUGCAAUCGCUCCGCGGAGCAACUCUUCUUACAAUCAGAUCGUCGAGACAACGCCACGCUUACAACGUGUCAUCUGAGCUGAUCACUGAUUUGAUCUUUUUGACUGCCCUGCUUACAGGGGCGCGUAAGGGCUCUGCAUUCCAAAAGACAACAACAUCGUGUUUCUUAGCUUGGAGGUUGUUUUGUCGCAAAAUCAAGCUUGUUAAAGUCUUUGUUUCGUGCGUACUAGGUUUGACCAGUUUAGGCUUUCUGAUGAUUUUUAGAUUAGAGCUGCAGAUAGCUCCUUUGUGCUCCAUAAAAAAGUACACUCCUCUAUUAUUACAGGGUCUUUUUAAGCUUCUAAAACUAGAAACUAGACACUAAACUCUCCUUAAACUGAAACUAAUGCAAUUUUGACUAGUUAGUUAGUCGCUCCUGACAUUCUCUGAAAAUGGUUUCCGCUUUGUUUCUCUGUAGAGUUUGUUUUUUUCUUCUAAUCCACGACUGGAUUGAUUGAGCAGCACAAUCUGUCUUUCAACUCGUAGGUUUUUCAAGAGAGACACAUUUUGGUGUUUUGUAAGUAAAUGUAAAACUGGCUGAAGGAAGUAUUAUCAGUGUAGCAUUCAGGGAGGAAACUGUACGAGUGUUUGUUGUAAUCGGACCCUGGGCAUCGUCUGCCCAACGGAAGGCCUCGGAGCUUUUACCUUCAAACAAAAAGGACGGUGGAUACCAAAAUGUAAAGAUUUCGCCAUUGCAGAGGUCCCGCUGUUGUCUCCAUCACAGUAGUUCUGCAAUGAGCGCUGCGUCGUCGUCCUCGUAGUGUUGUUCAUAGUGUUCUUAACAGCAAGCGACAGCAUCUAAACAGUAUGCUGUGUGUGUCUUAUGCAGCGUGCCCAGCAGGCGCAUGCGGUGUCCAUGAAGUAAAUGUUGUUGAGUGAGUCAGCGAGUGUGAGUGCGAGAUGGUGACUGCAUGUGCACCAGUGCAUAUGUACUGUCGCCUGCUCUGUGCAUGCAUUUGCAAGUGUUAAAGUGUUUGUGUGUGUGUGUGUCCAUCAAAUACUGUAAAUGACCUCUCCUGUAUUAUAUUCCCAGUGGAUGUUUUUUUUUGUCUUAUGUAGAGGCCAGUAUUGCCUCAACUCUUAAUUCCCUUUAUUACUGAUGUAAUUUGUACCUUCUUCUUAAAGAAAGACACUGUAAAUAGAAACUCCAAGACCAAAAUACACGUCACACACGUGCCUUGAUGCAUUCGGUAGUAUGUGUAUUGGUAACUCUUAACUAACUGGACUUACAGUAACUCUGUAUCUCUAAACAUGACAUUGAAAUCUUUUGUUUCAUGCUAUUCUUUAUUAUUUACUUGUGUUAUUUUUUUUUCUUUCACAUUUCCUACCAUGUGUAUGUAUAGAAAGAUUGUCUAUUUUGUACUUUUUGCCUUUUCCUCUUGAUUAAAAAACUAUUUCCAGUAGAA